AUGGGUAGAAAAGGUCAGGAACUGUCAACGAUUGUCAAAAACAUGAUUGUGGGAAUGUUUCAGAAUGGUUUUUCUCGCAGAAAAAUCGCUGACAUACUUAGAAUCCCCAAUUCAACAGUUAUUGACACCGUUCGGAAAUUUAUAGACACAGGUUCUGUAGAGAAUAAACCCAGAAGUGGCCGACCAUUGUUUGAAAAACCACGCGACUACCACAAGCUUGAACGCAUUGUAAAGACAAGUCGGAGGAGUUCUUUAUGUGAUAUAACAAACAAGUUAAAUGAGGAAAAGUAUGUUCCCGUGUCUAAACGUACCAUUCAACACCAUUUACAUAAACAUGGGUAUCACAGGUGUGUAAAUAAGAAAAAAAUCGUGAUCAGGGAAGUCAAUCGGAAAAAAGACUUGCAUGGUGCCGAUAACAAAGGAGAUGGACGGUUAAAAACAACUGGAAAAAGGUUAUUUUCUCUGAUGAGAGUAAAAUUAUGA